AGACGAAUGUAUUCUUUUAGGUUUGAAAAAUGUGUUCGUACCUUUACGGCGUGGAUACGACGGGCAGACUCGUGAGGUUGUCCACGUCGGAAAGUGAAUGGAAGGAGCUUCCGUACCUUGGUGUCGAUUUUAAGCGACUUUCCGCACACGCGGGAUUUGUGUGGGCAAUCGGCGGCGACCAUCAAGUUUAUUUGUAUGUGAAUCAUCGUGACGCUUAUAUUCGCGUCAAGGAGGAUUCCUACGAAAAUCAGCGAUGGAAUCCAGUCGAAGGAUUCAGCGGCAAUUUACUUCCCACGGACCGCUGCGCAUUUUCCAACAGUGAUGGAACGAUACAGCGGAAAAAGGAUGAAGUUCGACUGCCAUCUUUGGCUUGGGAAUGGGAAGGCAACUGGGAAAUCGAGGACAAUCUGCGAGGCACGGUCCUGGAUAGUGGGAGCUGGACGUACGCCGUAGACUUCCCUCGGUCAUAUGGUCCAAAGAAAACUUGGAACUCCAUGGUCAGAAGAAGGAAGUGGUAUCGAUACCGGAGAUACGUUGCUGUGGACAGUUGGGCCCUUAUUGAAAAUGUUUCUAAGGAUCCUACAGAAGAGCCAUUCAUCGAUAUUGCGAUUGGAGGUUCGGAUAUGCCUGCUGGGAAUGCAGAUGAAAUUUCUGUCUGGGGUGUAACUGUUCGUGGAAGGGUUAUGUUCCGGAAAAACGUGCUAGAAACAAAUCCAGAAGGUUCCUCAUGGAUUCAUGUUCCUUCUCCAACCAAUCUGGAAGCUUGUCAAAUAUCCGUUGGACCCACUGGUCUAACCUGGGCGGUUUGUUGGGACGAAGGGAGAGCAAUUGUGCGCACCGGGAUCAACCGAAACUGUCGCAUGGGCAAAUCCUGGGAAAUUGUGGAGCCACCUGAAGGAGGCGUGAAGUUGGAGUGCGUAUCUGUUGGAUUCGAUUGCGUCUGGGCAGUUGAUCGGCAAAAGCAAGUUUGGUUCAGGCGUGGCAUAAAUGGCUUGCAAGCAGGCGAGAGAAACGAAGCCGCAGUCGGAACAGGUUGGCUGGAAAUGGUGGGAAAUUUGGCCAUGGUUUCCAUUGGUGCUAAUAAUCAAGCGUUCGGACUGGGGCCACCGGAGGAUCGGCGACUUUUCCUUCGAACUGGUAUUGCUGGUUCUGAUACGAGUGGGAAAGCAUGGUCUGAGAUUCAAGCGCUGAUCAGAAACCGGAGCCGAACGGAAAGCACCUCUAGUCUUACGACCUCCAUCAGUUCUCGUGGGCAUGUGCCAUCUCUGUCAUCAAUGCGGCAGACUUACAGCACUGAAAGCAGUCCUUCAACGUUGAGACGCAGUCCGACAACGUUUUCCCGGUCGCUCGAUUCCGCUAAUGUCAUCUGCACCGAAAAGGUCCGAGAAACCGUGACAAAGUUGAUGUCAGCAUCGUCAAUGGAGGAGAAAACGGAAGAUGUGAAAGAUUCUGGACUCACGUCAGUAAUCCGUCAGGAAUCGAGUUCCGAAUCGUUUCUGUCAGCGAAUGAAAGUGAUAAAAGCAGUGUAGACGGUGUUGAUUUGAGUGCGAAGCCUGUAAACAAUGUCGUUAUUGAUUUUGUGGGUCACGCGGAAGCUGAAGCAAAUGAUGAAGGAGACGGUGAUGCAUCUCAGUCAAGAGCAGGAGCUUCGUUGGAUCCACUGGAACCGCAAAUGAGCUCAUUAUCUCUCGAAGCUUCGUCCAUCAUGUCCACGUCAAAGAACAGCUUGCUUCCGAUGGGCGAUGAUUUUCACUUCGACUCCUACGAAAUGGGAGUGCCUGAACUCGAAGGUCGCUUGGUGCUGACUAGUAUUUCUGCCGGGGAUUGUCGAAUCGAUCCCCACAAUCUUCCACCAUGGUUCAGCAAUCUGCAGAGAAACGCGAGCAAUGAAUCCGACGAGCCGUGGAAAGCAGAAAUCGUAGAAAAUCUUGAGAGGCGACGUGAGCGAGAAACACGAGACUUCAAGCAUUUCAAUGAAGCUGUCGAUAGAAAAUCGUGGGUGAAAACCACGAAGGGAUUUUGCCUGAGAGAACCAUCAACAUGGCUCCGAGCGUCGAUUGAACUCGAAACUUCUGGAAGCUCACAACGCCUGAUCGAUGGCGGCUUACUCACAGUGUACCCCAGCAACGAAAAAGCGGUUGCGAUCGUUCAGGAGUUUUAG